AUGUGGGAUGGCCUUUUCAUGUUGCUCUUCUUGAGCAUUGUUAUGGGAGUCGCGUAAGAGCAGUUUAAAAGCUAGACACACAAGAGACAUCUCUCUGACAAGUGCGACAGCUCCUUCCUCGCCGGUUCCCUGCCUCUUUCAUUCUCCCUCUCGUCACGACAACGGCGCAUCAUCACAGCAUUAGGGACAGGUAUCUUGGUAGGAACAUCUUUGAUCGUCAUUAUACCGGAAGGAGCCGAGACACUGUACAGUGCGAGCGGCGUUGGGCAUCGUCACAAUGCGCGAGGUCUGGCGCUGAAUUCAAGAUCAGGAGCUAUGCAGAAUGCAGUGGAAUACGAAUGGACUGCCCAAAAACGUGAACCGUUCCCACUGGCAUAUGACUCCAACAACCCGGGAAGAGUCGACAAAGACCUCCGCACAGGUCCCGAUGAUGGACAUCAAUCUGCUGAAGACGCAGCAAAAUCGAAUCCCACUUCUUCAGAUCAGGGACAUGAGCCUGGCGUGCCCGUGACAGGCGGCCAUAGCGGUUCUACGUCCGGAUCCGCAAGCGAUGCAGAUACUGCAGACUACGAGCCUCACGCAUGGAUCGGCAUAUCAUUGAUACUGGGAUUCAUACUUAUGUACCUCAUUGAUACCAUACCACAAACCGCCACCUCCUCGACACAGCCGCAGCGAUUCCAUAUUAGCCUGAACCAGUUCAGCUUCGACCGUACGCCAUCUCUCUCGAACGAAAAUGCCGGGCCACCAGCCGCAGACACAAUGGCUGCUAGCUCAACUUCCGCCGGUGCUAGCACACGUCCUAGUUCAACCACAGUCGGCUUAGUAAUACACGCUGCAGCGGAUGGAAUAGCGCUCGGAGCCUCUUCCACUGCAGCCGGCAGCCAUCUCAGCUUCAUCAUCUUCAUCGCACUGAUGAUUCACAAGGCUCCUGCGGCGUUCGGACUUACGUCCGUUCUGCUGAAGCAGGGCCUAUCCAAACGGAUGGCUCGCGCUCACCUCAUUGUGUUCUCGCUCGCGGCACCCGUGGGCGCGCUUCUCACAUGGGCGGCGGUCCAUCUUCUUGGAUUCUCCAGCAGCUCGCUUGGAGAAAGCGCAAGCACUGAGUUCGUCACUGGCGUCUUGCUCCUAUUCUCUGGCGGAACAUUUCUCUACGUGGCCAUGCAUACCAUGCAAGAGAAUGGCUCAGACGACCACGCGCAUGAACCUCAUGCUAUGAAUGGGUACGCCGGCGUACCGAUGGACGAUCCGUACACUGCGCACGUGGCGCCUCCAUCGAAGUCUCAAGGGCCGAUGCUCACGGAUACGUUGAUCACAGUUGGCGGAAUGCUUCUUCCUCUUCUGACACAGUGGGGGCAUUCGCAUUGA